UUUGUUCAGAGCAGAAAAAUGCAGAACCGGACUGAACUUUCUGUCAAUGAAACUUCCCCAAAAAGCUUCUCUGUGAUCAUCAAGGUGUGUGUGGUAAUCCCGUUGUUCUGCGUCUUCCUGUACUUCAUCGCUGUCAUGCUGCAGAUCUUUGCCUCUCACAGACAGUUUUUGGACACUUCCCGUUACAUCCUGUUUGCACAGAUGAUGAUCAACGACACCCUACAGAUCCUGUCCUCUGUGCUGCUCUUCCUCUGUGUGAUGGGUCAGGUCAAGUUACCUCUUCUGUUCUGUGUCCCUCUGCUCUUUGUAUCUACCGGUACCUUCCUGAAUACCACUUUGAUCCUGGCUGCCAUGUCACUGGAGCGAUAUGUUUCCAUUUUCUAUCCUCUGCAGCGCCCGGCCUCCUGGCGCUCAGACCGUAUCUGGAUCAUUAUUCUGCCUCUGUGGAUCAUCAGCUUUACAUUCCCGGUCAUUGAGUUUUCCAUCGGGAAGCAUACUCUCACUGUAGAUGUCCUGUCUACCAACAUCGUCUGCAAACCUGCUAUUAUUAACUCAUCGCCGAUUCAGGGAGUUUAUCGGUUUGUUGUGAAUGUAUUUUUCUUUGCAGUGGUAAGUGUUAUCAUCCUCUUCACCUAUAUGAGGAUUGUGAUGGAAACCAGGAAGAUGCGGCAGGACAGAGCUUCAGUGAGCAAAGCCAUGCACACUGUGCUGCUGCACGGCUUCCAGCUGCUGCUGUGCUUGCUGGCUUUUACUCAGCCUAUUGCUGAAACUCUUAUUGGGCUCCACACUAACUGGCUGGCUGAGGAUGUCGCCUUUUUUAAUUAUUUCUGUUUCAUCCUGAUACCUCGCUUUCUCAGUCCGCUCAUUUAUGGCUUCAGGGACCAGAGUCUGAAAAAGCACAUUGGGAACAGGUUUCUCUGCUGCUCAAAGAGAGAUAAGCCCUUCUUCAAAUAGUGACUCAGAUUUUAACCAGUUAUAAACUGAGUUUAAAAAUAUGUUUCAGUCCUGUACAAACACAAUAUGUGCAGAUCCUUAAGCGAGACAGCUGUUAACCAAGUCUAUUAUGAAACAAUAGACUUGUUAUUGUAAUUAAAUGGCAAUAACAUCAUUACGGAAGUUGUACAGAUAAUUAUGGAUAAUUUUGUUACUUGCAAAUGAUAUUUUUCAUCAUAUUGUAACCACAGAGUCUUUCGGUACAAGUCCAAAAAAAACCCCAGGGGCUUACAUUCUCUACUGUGCUCUUACACUUAGGUGGGAGGUAUGUCAAAAAUAUAUACAUAUUUUGAUAGCAAGAUCAUUGGAAGUAAUGUAAAAACACUGCCGUAGUAGAAAAAACAUUUUAUAAUAGAAUUAAGGCCAAAGAACAACUUCUGACAAGUUUUUAUUAAUUUUACACACUUUUAUGAGGUA